GUUACUUGUAGUACUGAGGCUGAUCAAGCAGAAAUCAGUCGGUUACAGAGAUGCAGCCCUUCAAAUAUUUGGCGUUACACAUGAUAGUAAAGGCUUUAAGAUGACACCAAUCCCAGUUGCUGAAAGCUACCCGUCGUUUGAGUUAGCAGUGAAGGUGCUCACCGUUUACGCCUGGCCCCCUCUCUUCGUCAUCGGGAUCCUCGGGGACAUUGCUUCGUUUUUCAUCUCCUUCCAGGAACAAAACAGACGGAUUUCGACGUGUGUUUACGUCGGCGCCCUAGCAGCAGCUGACACCCUGGUUGUCGUUAACGGCAUGUGCCUGUUUAUCGUCAUUUUCCAUUUCUACGACGAGAUACAACAUAAGGAAUUCGCUUUGCAAUGGGUUGCCUAUUGGGCCAAUACAUAUGCCAUGAUCUCCGGCUUUUUCCUCGUCUGGAUGUCCAUAGACAGGCUGGUAGCGGUCCGGUUCCCAAUGUUGGCGCCGUCAAUCUGUUCCACGUUUCGGGCCAAGGUGACUUGCGUGGUCACGGCAGCUCUGACGAUGGCAUGCAAUCUUCAUCUCUUUUUCAUCUACCGGAUUUCACCUGGCGACGACACCCAACUGAUCCCAUCAGUUCAGGGCUUACCUUCUCUAGAGGUUGUUUCAACGAUCUACUUUCUUAUGUUCGGAACUAUUCUCCCUUUCACCAUAAUCGUCGGCUGUAACGUCAUCAUUAUCGUCACGCUACGCGAAGCCAGCGUGCGCAGAAAAACAAUGACCAUUGGAGGUGGCGCAGGAAAGACGGACCAAGCAGAUACAACUCAUCUAACUAAGAUGUUGAUCCUUGUUUUCAUUGUUUUCGUCAUCUGCUCCAUUCCUAAUCGACUGCAUUAUGCUUUGGUAAACGGGGUCCCAUCACUCGUGGAGGUUUAUACAUCUGGCGCUGUCUAUUGGCGCCUCCGCGCAAAGCUCGAGUAUUGGUCAAUCCAGAUUACGUGGUAUCUAAAUCAUUGCGUGAAUUUCUUUCUUUACUGCAUUGGAGGUGGAAAACGGUACAGAAAGGACGUGAGGCUGCUGUUUCGCCAGAUUCUUUGUAUAAGGACCGAAACCUGAAUUUAACACGAUCUACCAUCCCUGGUAACCCAGGUAUAAUACACUCGUGCAAGAUAACGUGCAAAAUUUAAGGACACUGGCUUACCCCCCAUAUAGGUCAAUCUUACCGCAAUGACAGUCUCUUCCCUUGAUGACGAAAUCGGGCUUUAUCAGGAGCCUACGGAUGGCAACCGAUUUCAGAG